AUGGAGAACGAAGAGCGCGAUGAAUAUGAUGAAUAUUUCUGGGAAUUUGACUACGAUUCCGUGGAAGCUGUGACGCCCAGGUUACAGCUUACCUCGAAAAAUGUGCAAAUGGAAUUGGUGCCCAGUAAAAGUGCCAACAAUUUUGAUGCACAAAAGCAAAACAACGCGCACCAGCGAUCCCUGUCCCUUCCUCGCAAUGCAGCAGUCAUUCGCCCCUCAGCCCCUCCUGUUUCCCGUUCCAACAGUACACGCAGAAGCUCCGAUGAGCCACAGAAUGCGCGACUGCGGUCCUUGUCCCUUCCUCGCAGUACUGCAGCCGUUCGCCCCUCAGCUCCCAUUUCCCAGUCUGACGGUACGCGCAGAAGCUCCGAUGAGCCGCAGAAUGAGAAACGUGCUGUGCGUGCAAACACGACAUCUACUGCAGGCAGCGUAGUGGUGACGCGCAAACGCGGGAGACCAAAGGGAACGGGACACAAGCAGCUUGCGCGCAAGGCAGCUGAGGAAGCAGGGGAGGUCAGCGAAGAGCCGAUCAGACGUGGACGUGGACGUCCUCGUAAGAAUUUACAGCUCGUUGCGAGCAGUGUACGUGUGGAGGUUAUUCAGGACAAAAUUCAUAUUCGAGGGACGCCGGGUACUACUGCAUCUACCUUGCAGCACAAAAAUGCUCCCACUAUCGUGUCAGUGCCACCCAUCAUUGAUAACCAAGAUGACCUAUCCCUAGCUCCUGGACACAACACCCAAUCCCCGACAGACGUGACACAGCCCGUGGACAUAUCGUCCAACUGUGAGCCUCUUGACCCACCUCCUGCAAUCCGAUAUGUACUGCCAGAGGAAGACCCGACCCGCCCGGUGGAUGGUGUCGCUGACGAGGAGGCCGUUGACGGUGAUGGAUAUAUUGGAUUAGUGAUGGAUGGAUUAGGACAGGAGGACGAUGUUCCUGUGGAGGAUGAAGAGGCAGAUCCUGGUGAGGUGAAUGCUGGGGAUUCUCCCACUGCGCCGAAAUCAAAGCGCCGUGCUCUUCCGUCUUGGUUGAUGCGCGAAUUCAACGAGAAAGUCACCGAGGCACGCCAGCGUGGAGACAGCGAUAAGUUACCGGCACUGUAUCGGAGUGGCACCUUUUGGUUUCCUCAAAAAUCUCGUUACUUCACUCUUCGCAGUAACAAAGUCUCUCCGCAAGAUCUGUACUCGCCACAGUUCUUUCUAUGGGACCCCCUUCCUUUGACGCCACAUGGCAUCCCCUGUCCGAAAUGCAAGACAAAGCUCUAUCGCGAUGGACAUGUCUUGUACCCUCGGCGCGUUGUUGACUUUGACAAAGCCUUCUGGAUUAUCGGCUACCGCUAUCGCUGCCCAAGCUGCAUAUUUCCAAAGUCGGGCAAGACCGGCAACAUCACAUUUCGCAGCUGGGAUUCUCGCAUCCUAGCACAACUGCCUCCAGAUCUAUGUGCUGAGUUCCCUGCAUAUUUGAGCCGACGCAGUGGGAUGUCUCAACAGGUCUUCCAGUUUAUGCGCUCGUGCUUCCAGAAUGGUAUGGGAGCAAAGCAAUUCUCUGAUACGCUGCGAGUCCAACAUCUUCGGCACUAUGAUCUCAUGCAACUUCAGUAUCUCCAAUUCCUCCAAGGUCAUCGUGCCCUCGGUGAAUGGCUGGGGGACCGCACAUUUGCACCUUUUCUUCCGUUUGAUGACACCUCUCUCGACGGAUACCAUGGUUUUGUCCCAAGCUCGCAGUGGCUCCGUAAUAUGUAUGACCAGUUUAUGGAGGGGCAUGAACAUGAUAUCAAUCAGCACACAUCAAUGCUGACUGCUGAAAUCUGUGCAAUUGACCACAGUCAUAAGAUCACGAAACAUGUUCUAAAGAUGAAUGGAGUUGAGAUUUACUGCGGGCUUCUCACUGUCACCAAUGAAAGGGGUGAGAUCCGUGUGUGUAACCUUGUUGCAACCAAGGCUCACUCACAAUUUGAACUUGCUCUCGUGCGCAUGCGAGAAUCCUUGGAGCUAUAUGGUCAUCGGCAACCAACUCUCUUCUACACUGAUAAUAUGGCAGACAAGCAAUUUCUGGAAACAUCUUUCCCUUCUCUUCGUGAGAAUGUCAUUCCAGUGGAGAAGUAUGCUCAUCUUGAUCAACUUGUAAUCCCAUCGCAUGUCAAUGUCUAUGUGAAGGAGACUGCAGAUGCCAUCCAGCAAGCGAUACUGACAAUCAUUGAUCAAGUUGAUGAAAACAAUCCAAUAACCGUUGGUUUUGAUGCAGAGUGGAAUGUGGACUUAGCGGAAGCUGGUCAGAGCCAUGGUCGUGCACGAACAGCAAUUAUCCAGAUUGCUUUUGGCAAUCAAGUGUACAUCCUCAAGAUAGGGCAAAUUCUUGCUGCAGGAGCCUUUCCAACAAGUCUUCAGUCAUUUCUUUCUAGUCAUCAUAUCCGGAAAGUUGGCCGCCUUGUGGAUGUGGACCUGUGUCAUCUUGAGAUGGAGACACACUCUUCCAUGCCUUUCACAGGUGGCUUUGAUCUGGCGAAGAUGGCAAAAGAACGACAUGUUGUUUCUAGUGCACAAGUUAGUCUUUCAGACCUUUGUGCUAUUGUCCUGCAGAAAUGCUUGGACAAGUCGGUUCCUGAGCGUGUCUCUAUGACAUGGGAAAAUGUGACUCUCACACAGGAACAGAUUAAGUAUGCUGCCCUGGAUGCUUAUGCAUCUCUGCGGAUAUACGAGGAGCUUCAAAAGGUACCCGCACCUGGACCCUUGCCACUGAAUCCACUUCCAUCACUUCCAGUGCUGCUGUAUCACACCGACAACACUCGCUUGAUUGCCAAAGGAAUUAUCUCACACUACGCCAGCAAAGACAAAUAUGAUGAGAUCAAUCUCACAUCAAAACGGACUGUGAUUCAAGUUGAUGAAGUCCUUGUUCCUGGUGCAAUCAUUGGAACACAUCACAAACGUGCUCUCACAGAUUUUGGAUCACCACCCUUUGACCUUGUAUGCUUGCGGUCACAUCUUCGUACACGCCAAUCAGAUCUGAUAACUUCAGAGGCAUCCCCCUCUGGAUCGCCUCCAUCAGUCAUAUCUUCUGCUGCUGAAAACAAUUCCAGACAUUUUGACGCACUCUCUGAUGGACCUGUGACUGGUUCACACUGCUCUGAAGAUGAAUCAGUGUCACAAGACAAUCUUGAGGGCAUUGGACCAGCAGUGCUUGACUGUGAAGAGGCUGAGCCUGUCCCAUGGGAUUCUGACAUCAGUGGUAUUGACCGAGAUCAGGACAGUGAAGCUACUGGAAAGGCUAUUCUAGAUGCUCUGCCUUCUCAGUGGGACCUACCAAUUCGAAGCCGAGUACUCAAGGAUCCAUUCCACGUGUUUAACAUGCUUUACAUCCCAAAGACACAUGGACUGUGA